CCUCUCAUCCACCGAAGCCAGGUUCUAGGCAUGUUGGAGGGUGCUAUAGGAAGUUGCACAGCUACUGUUGCCUGUUUCAGAGGUAAAGGCAAGGCUUAAUUAAGCAGGAUUCAGUCUUUCAAAGGCAAUAAAAUUAGCCCAUAUCUUCUGGCUGAGCUAGAGCAUAUCUCUUAGAAAGAUAUCCAGUCUUGAUUUAAAUAUUUCAAGUGAUGGAGGAUCCACCACCUCCCUUGGUAAAUUGUUCCAAUAGUUAAUCACCCCACUAUUUAAAAAUUGUGCUUUAUUUCUGCUUCAUCAUGAUUCUCCAGGACCCUUGCAGUGCCGAUGUGCUUAUGUUAAAUUCUUAUGCGAUUUGCAGUGUAUGUGAAGCAACACUGAUUUAAUGACCAACCAUACAAAUAUCUUUCAUAAGCCUGGGAUCAUUUUAAAAAUAUUUUUGAGGAAGCCUGCAACAAUGGUAUUUGAAAAUGGGACUUCGAAUUCCCAUCAUGCACCAUGAUUAUGAACAGAUAGAUGUGAGCAAAUCCACAAUUCUGGGCUAUGAAUGCUUCCAAUUAUGUUUUAUUAUAAAACUUCUAUUGAGAUGCAUGUUGCUUUGUUUUAAUUUAUAUGUGUUUUUGUUAGUGCUUGUUUUGCAGCUGGGAAGUGCCUAUGGGGCAUUCCGCUUGUUCUUUCCCAUCCUAUUAUGAAGUAUUUCUCAUGUAGUCCAUUUGAUGUGUCUGUAUAUAGGGGUCUUUUUUUAUUUCAGAAUUUUUAUUAUCUUGUCAAAAUGAUUUUGACUUCCCAUUUCCACUUUAUAAUACAAACACCCUCUUACUGCAAAUGUUGAAUGUAUUGAAAAUGUCAUUUUUCAGGAAAUGUCCUUUCUUUCUUUCUUUCUUUCUUUCUUUCUUUCUUUCUUUCUUAUUAAUCUUCUCCUGUAGUACAUCACAUAUUCAUUAUCUAUCUUUUCUGUCAAAAUUGGAGUAAAAAUUUGUCUCUCAUUACAUGCACUUAAAAUCUUAAAAAAAAAAUCCCAUGAUAUGGAUAAUUUAAACUUGGAGUACAUUUAAAUUUGAAAUAAUUAUACAUUACAAACUGAAUUCCAAAAUGUCUGUUGUAUUCUGUGCCUGUCUUCUGCUUCAGUGUACAGAAUACUCAGGCUGGCACUGGCAAAAGCCCUCCACUAAAGAAUAUUGUCUUAUUUUGUUUGCUCAUAAAUUUUAAUUUAUUCUAUAUCUAAGCUAAAUUUUCACUUUUAAUGGUGUAAUGAAAAAAAUGCUACUUUUAAUGGAAUUACAUUAAAAGUUAAUGUUUGUUGCUUUAUUUUUAGUGUUUUGUUUUUUUGUAGUAUGUGAGCUUCCUCUUUAUGAAAUAUGUUCCGAAAAUGUGUCAAGAGUCCAGUGUUCAGGAUUAGGAUGUUGCUUCCAUAAACAAAUUUGCUACAGGAAAGCGGUGCCAUCAUACAUGCAAGUGUUCAUCGUCUUGAUACUACUCAUCAUGGGAUCCUUCAUUUUAUUUGUAUUUCACAGCUUUCUGGUAGAGAAGAGGAGAAGAAAGAACAUGAGUCGACAGAAAAAUGUGCCAGAACUAUAUCCCACUGCUACUUAUUUUAAUGAAGAAGACAAGCAACAACAGGAAAGAAAAAUUAGCUCUGAUGAUUCAAAAAUGCUCUCAAAGGUGCCUUAUUGUCAGCAACGGACACCGAAAUCCACUACUGUGGUGCCAUAGGGUCUUGAUCUUUCCCUGAGGGAGGCCUGUUCUUUUUUAAACUUUCACUUCUGGACCACCAAACAGCUGAGAAAUUCCAAUUUUUGCUCAUUGCUUGAAAUGAGUUUGUUCUCAGUCAAGUGACUGUCACCAAAACACAUUGUCAGACUUGGCACUAACUGACAAAGCUUCAUGGACAAUGAUGUAACUAGGGCAACGCUUGCACAGCUUCCCAUACCAGUCAAGCAUUAUUUAAUUUGAACUGACACAGAGACUGAGCUUCCCUCUUUUACCCAGAGGUGGUCCCUCUAUGUUGCUCAAAGGGGAUUUGUGGUGAAGCUCAUAUUGCCACUGCCCAUGCUGUAUAUCUUCUGUGGCUAAACUCUUGCAUUACAUAAGCAUCAAGCUGAGUUUAAAAGAUUACCUACUGUAUGUUUAACUAUUGCAAGCUGAAGUGAGUAAUA